GGGAGGGUCUUUACUUGGGCUUUAGGCAAGCUGGCUGUGGCAUAAAGCGGUGGACAUGGACAACUGUGGUUAGAAAUGGCGUAACAGCUAAGUGGAAAAUACUAAAACCAACUAACUUUACAGCCAUUUGAGAGUAGAAGGGCAGAGCUUCCUGACGUCUUUGACAUCUUCCUCACUGCCGGAGGUGAUGAGCUUUGCUCUCGGCUUUAAGCACCCGACAGCAGGCAGCUCUGGGCCCGGUGCUGGAAGCGGAGCCACCAUGGAGAAUCUGGAAAAGCAGCUGAUCUGUCCCGUCUGCCUGGAGAUGUUCUCCAAACCUGUGGUCAUCCUGCCCUGUCAGCACAACCUCUGCCGCAAGUGUGCCAAUGACAUCUUCCAGUCAGCUAAUCCUCUGUGGCAUUCCCGUGGUUCCUCCAGUGCGACGGCCAGUGGCGGUCGCUUUCGCUGUCCGUCGUGCCGCCAUGAGGUGGUGCUCGACCGCCAUGGAGUCUAUGGCCUCCAGAGGAACCUGCUGGUGGAGAACAUUAUCGACAUCUACAGACAGCAGGAGUCCUCCAGACUUGUUAGCAUGAAACCAGAGCAGCAGCAGCAGCAGCUCAUGUGUGAAGAACAUGAAGACGAGAAGAUCAACAUCUACUGCUUGUCCUGCCAGACGCCGACCUGCUCCAUGUGCAAAGUGUUCGGACAGCACAGAGACUGUGACGUGGCUCCGCUCGGCACCGUCUACAUGAGACAGAAGACGGAGCUGAGUGACGGCAUUGCGAUCUUGGUGGCCAGUAAUGACAACGUCCAGGCAGUCAUCUCUCAGAUGGAAGCAAUCUGCCGCACCAUAGAGGAAAACGGCCAGCGGCAGAGAGAACACCUGAGCGGCCACUUUGAACGUUUGGUGUCCAUCUUGGAGGAGCGGAAGCAGGAGCUGGUGGGUCUCAUCACCAGAGAACAGGAUGAAAAGCUCAAACAUGUUCAGUCGCUCAUCCGUCAGCACAGCGAUCACCUGGAGGUGGGCGUCACGCUGGUCGAGUCAGGCAUACAGUCCAUGGAGGAGCCGCACAUGCCUCUGUUCAUACAGAGCGCCCAAGCCAUACUGGAAAAAAUGGCGGUGAUGGCGAGAGCCUCGAAGUUGGAGCUCCCAGAGCUCGGUUAUGAGAGUAUGAGCCACUUCGUCAUCGAUAUCGAUGACCUCGCUGACACGCUGAGAAACAUCAACUUCUGCUGCAGUGUGGCAGGUGAUGAAGAGGAUUUUGAAGAAGUGGAGGAAGAGUUAGACUUUGGCUCCAGAUUUUAAGACCAAAGGGCAAAGAUGCUGAUUACUUUUGACUGACUUCAGUGGAGAUUUUUAAAAGUUGUCAGAGAUGCUGAACGAACAGGCUGUUGACCUGCAAUCGAUAAACCAAGGCCGUGUAGUGUGUGCGAUUUUGGUUUUGAGCGUGUCAGAUUGCUCCUCACAGUAGUUGUUCCGCUUCUAGUUCUUGACCAUCAGUCGCAGAAGAAUAAUAUAAUCACAUUUUCACAAUCAGGCUUUACAUGUUAGAGGACAGAAUGUAUUUGAGUUUUAGCUCUGAGGACCAAUUUUAGUAGUUUAUUUAAAGACUGAAAUAUCAUUUGGGAAAUGUGACAAAUGUUCAUUAUACACCUUUCCACAAUAAAUAGGGAAUGUGUGUAUACAUAUGUUCAAAAAAAAAUGUUCCCUAGCGAAGCUACAACAAUGUUUAUAUAUUGUAAUGAUUGUAUGAUAAAGAAAGGGGGUGUUUGUACUUCUGCCGAGGAGGCAAUGUGAUUGGUUUGUCUGUUUGAUACCAGGAGUCACUCAAAAAAGUCAACAAACUUUUGCACCAUAUUUACAGAAAUAGGCAUAAAAUGAAAUAGAAAUAAAGAAGAAAAUCCAUAUUCACGCAUGUCAUGAAGAGAAUUUUAAACCAUAGUUGUAGUAAUGCUCGUGUUUACUGGUGGCUGUGGAAACAGAGGAAGCUCAUUUUUGAUGCUUUUUGGUUUAACUUUUUUAAUCAGGAAGUGAAACUCUUGAGAUUAAGAAUCUCCUUUUUGCAGCAGCGUCGUGGGACAAGCCGGAUUAACCCAGCAUGCUUUUCACUCAGAGUCUAAUUUGCUUUGAAAUUGGGCUGAGGAUCUCAAUAUUGUUCCCAUCCCUGCUUUAGUCUCAGGUGCUGAAACACAUUUGUUUUGCUGAUUUUUGCAAAUUACUUCCACGUUUGUGAAGUGUGGAUGUUUCAAGAGACAGACAUAUUAUGCAGAGAAUCCUGAAUUAAAAUCAGAGGGAGCGUUUUAAAACUGUAUUUUGUGGCAAAGUCAUUAAACUGUUUUCAUGUUUCUUA